AUGAAGUUGUCUAGUGUCUUUUUGAUUGCGUCCAGUGCCAUAAUAUCAUCUGUGCAAGGGUUUUCGGACACUGCGCCAUUUUAUUCAUCUCAAAAUUUGAAGACCAAGUUCCCAUAUAUUAUUAGAGCAGAUGAAUUGGCUAAAUCCAUAGAUUCAAUUACUGCAAUGGCAUGUAAUGGUGGAGCGAAGGAAAACUUGGUUAUUUAUAGAGUUAGCAAUUUGAGUCAUGAUAUACCAUCUGAUGGGAAGGGGACUUUUAUUAAGCAUGUUUUCUAUGAAGAACCAGAAGAGUUGGAUUUACAAAUAAAUGGAGCUUGUAAUGGCGUUGUUGAGUACUCAUCAAUUGAAGACUUAGGUAAUUCUCAAGCCAAGCUUACUAUUGUUGAUAUUGAAGAUGGCGGGAAGCAUGAUGUUGAAGAAUUUAUUAAUUCUAAAGGUAAUUUUAUUGUACAAGGAAAACCAACUUUUAAUAAGUUGAAACUUGAUAAAAAACAGGAAAAGAGACAAGCUAGUGGUACUGAACCAAUUAGUGAAGAAAUGGCUGAUAAUUAUGAUGAUUUGAUGGCUGAAGUUGAACUGGAUUUAAAAGCUGCUGAAUCAUUUCUUGCACAAGAAAGUGAAGAAGCCAUGGUUACGAUUUUCAAUGAACCUAGCGCAAAACCUUCUAAAAAUGUGAAUAGAAAUUCGAAUCUCUUCACCAAUUACCAAUUUUUCACUCCAGGUAUUUGGCAAACUUUCAUUGUAUCGGCAUUUUUACUUUUUGUUUUAUACACUGCUUUAGGAUGGAUGACAAGUUUGGAAAUUUCAUAUAAAUCAUUUGAUAAACAAGUUGAUUUUGAAAAGAAGACUGAAUAAAUAGUUAAAAUAUUUUUG